AUGUUGGCGAAUACUCCAAGAGCGGCCUUGCGGUCGACACGUGCCCUGAGAGUCCGUCAACCCAUUCGCCCUCGACAACCGCGCAACCUUAGACUUCAGUCAACCUCAUCGUCCUCUACAUCUAAAGAAGCAGCCUCCUCUUCCGCAAACCAUGCGCUGUUGGGCGGUUUAGCCGGCGGCGCUGUCGCUCUGCUGGGAGGGUAUGCUUGGUACUCCUUUUCGGGCGCAAAGACCGUGGUCAACAGCGUCCACACCGCCAAAUCCUACGUGGAUAGUGCCUUCAAGAAGACGACGCAGGCCGCACCAGAACCCAACCAAGCCAUUGAGUGGUUACGCGACACGGUGAACAGCUAUACGAAAAUGAUCCCGGGAGCGUCGAAGUACGUGGAUUCUGCAUUUGACGAUCUCGACAAGGUGCGGGAAAAGCACGGCGAUGAGGUGGACAAGAUCAUCCACGAGACGUACGGCGAAUUGAAGGAUGUGACAAAGGCCGGGUUCAGCGUUGAGGCAGUCAGUCAGGCCUGGGACGUGAUCCAGAAAUGUUUCACCCGCAUCGCCAGCCUGGCUUCGGAUGCUGCAGAUGACAUUCUGAACAACCAUCCAGAAUUGAAGGACAAAGUCGGCGGCAACCUUCAACAGCUGAAGAAGAUGGGCGAGCAGUACGGGCCCGAAGCCAAGCAGAAGGUCGACGAGACGUGGAAGCAGGUGCAAGAUAUCGUGAAAGGCGGAGUGAGCAUGGAUACGAUCAACAAGCUACAGAAGUUGGUACAGGACAAGACGCAAGAGCUGCGAAAGUAUGGUGAUCAAGCCUGGCAGAAGGGACUUGAGCAGGCCAAGCCACUGCUUGACAAGCAACCGCAACUGAAAGAAUUGCUCGAGAGCAACAAGGACAAGCUUCUUCAAGGUGACCUUGGUCAAUUAUGGCAAAAGGUACAAGAAGCCAGCAAGUCGGGGAAUACGGACGAUCUCCAAAAAUUCGUUAAAGAGCAAGCCAACAAGGUCUCAGACGGUGCCGGUAGCGGAAUCGAACAGUUCCUCCACAUGAUCCCAGGCGGCACAGAGAUUGGCCCCAAAUUGCAACAAUUGCAGGAAUUGAGUCAGAAGCAUGGACAGGAGGCCGAAAAGUUGGUCAAGAGCGCGAUCGAGGACGUGAAGAAGGUCCUGUCGCAGAAGGUUGAGGAGGGCCAAAAACUGAAGGAGAAGGCCAAGUCUGAUGUGAAGAAUCAAUAA